AUGUCGGACGAAUAUUUCUAUGGUGUUACCUUGUCUUCUUCACACCAGUCUGAAACAUGGGAUCCCGAGGCAAAAGCGGAGUACCCACGCAGCAACAAGCUGCUUAUUCGCCAGGCACUCCUGGGCCCUGACGCUAAAGCAGAUGAACUAAAUGUUGUUCAGGUUGAAACCAUGUCACUGCAAGAAUCAAUCAAGAUCCCCGUGGCAGUCCUGAAGGCAGGAGAACAGAGACAUGCACGUCUUGAUAUUGAGUUCCCAGAUGCACCAGUCACAUUUACUUUAGUACAGGGUUCAGGACCUGUGCACUUGAUUGGACAACACCUGCUGGGCGCUUUGGUUGAAGAGUUCGAAGACAUGGAGGAAAUGGAAGAGGAGAUGCUUGAUGAGGAGGAAGGCGAUGAUUCUCAGUUCAAAGAAGAUGAGCAUAAAAGGAAAACAUCAGGCAAGCGCAAGACGAAUGAGGAUGAAGACGACGAGGAGGGUGAGCCCAAAGGCAAGAAGUCGAAAAUGUCAAACAACGCCAAAGGCAAGGCUCCUUCGCCCAAGAAGAACGCUAAGAAGUGA